AUGGCGAAGGGGAGGGAGCGAGGCGGGUGGAGGCUGCCGGCGAUGUCCGCGGCCCUCGUGGUGGCGGCGAUGGUGUGCCUGGUCGCCAUGUCGGAUCUGAGGAGCGAGGACAGCGCCUCGUUCCUGUCGGACGCGCCACAAGAAUACCCCGGCGGCGAUGUCCAGAAGCUGAGGGACCUUGUGGAGAAGCUCAAGGGAAACCUGGAGGCUCUGAAGGAGAGCGCGUCCGACUGGCAGGAAGCGGUUGCGAAGAAGGCAAAGAAGGAGAAGCUCAGUCUAGGGACCUUGACAGACAUCAGCCGCGAGGUGGAUGGUGCGGAGGAGAAUGCUGAGAGGUUUUUGAAGACUCCAGGUUUGGUCUUGUUCGCAGUUUGCCUGGCCACCUCUCACUCAAACGUUAUUCGUGCGCUCGCACAGGUCCCGUCGGUCCUCGGGGUCUGCCAGGCUACCAGGGGCAAUUUUGGGGUGAUUGGGGCCAGAGGGCCUAUGGGCCCGGUAGGUUACGAAGGAAAGCAAGGGCGGCAAGGACUUGAAGGGAGGAGAGGACAGAUGGGAAUGAGUGGAGAGAUCGGGCCCCAGGGGCCGCAGGGUCCCCCAGGAAGGUGUUGGCAGUGGGAGAGGGAUCCGACCGGCUUGCCUGACCUCUCGCUUCCAGGUCCGCAAGGAAUCUCUGGCGUCCCCGGGCUGGAGGGCAGGCGGGGCAGGAAGGGGCCCACAGGAGCUCGUGGACAUCGCGGACCGGCAGGAAAGACUGUGAUCGGCCCACGAGGACCAGAAGGCCACAUGGGCCCGAUGGGCUUCCAGGGUCCCUCAGGCAUGCCCGGGCUGCGAGGGCCUCCCGGCAAAGAGGGUCAUGUGGGUCUGCGUGGACCCCGUGGAAAUAUGGGAUAUCCGGGUCAGCCAGGAAUACAAGGAAUUCCUGGAAGAAGAGGGAUCCCAGGCAUGCCCGGGCAGAGAGGUAUGGACGGUAUCGUUGGCGAACAUGGAAUGCCAGGUCCCCCGGGUGUAGCAGGAACUGUCGGAAUCCAGGGCAACAACGGAUUGUCGGGUCCUAUGGGAAUUAUCGGAACAGCCGGAGCCACUGGUGUAACGGGCUCUCCUGGACAGCCUGGAACAGCUGGAGCAAGAGGAGUGGAUGGACCAGGAGGAGCUUCUGGUGCGCCUGGAAGUCCAGGCCCUCCCGGUGCCGUGGGCUCAAGCGGAGGAGCUCAUGGGGCUCAGGGAGCUCAGGGAGCGCAGGGAGCGCUCGGACAUACAUACAUUGCAAGCAUAGUGAAGGCGUUGGCAGCUUAA